UAAUUGGCACUUCUACUUCUCUUAAUUGUCUUUGCGAUUUAGGUGCAAGUAUAAAUCUAAUGCCGUUGUGUCUUUUCAGGAAAAUAUGUGGAAACCAACCGAUAAAACAAACUUCCAUGAUGCUCCAAUUGGCCGACCAUUCGCUCAAGAGACCUCACGGGGUUGCGGAAGACGUGCUAGUAAAAGUGGGCAAGUUCAUCUUUCCGGUGGACUUUGUUGUGCUUGAUUAUGCGGUCGACAAAGAUUGCCCCAUGAUUCUCGGGCGUCCUUUUUUGAAUACGGGGAGAGCAUUGGUUGAUGUUAAUGGGGGGAAGAUAACAUUAAGAAUGAAUGAUGAGAGCAUGGUGUUUGACAUCAAGCAUGGCAAAAGCAAGUGUGAGGAGGAGAAAUGCAUGAAGAUUGAUACUAUUGAGCCCACAUUGCAUGUGCCUAUGAAGGAGGUUCCUAUGAAAGAACCCGAGGUUGUGUGUGCAAAAAUCAAGACAACACCUCAUGUCAAGCCACGCAAGGGAAAACCAAGACGUUGGGCAUCAUGGAAGUUGAAGCUCAACGGGAUAGCAACCGCAAGCAAGAGACAGAUAUGCACGGAAGUUGCUACUCUUGGUGAGUACGUCCAAGUUCGAACCUCUCAAGCACAUUCACAAGCGGGGAAGUUGAUUUCUAAGUGGAGCGGGCCGUUUAAAACACGGCGCAAAUUGGAUAAUGAUUUGAUUGAGUUGGGGGGGGCCAAUGGAGAUGUUUUUAAGGUGCUUGGAGAAUGGUGCAAACCAUAUCCUAGAGUGUUGAUCGAUGAAAGUCGCGAGCAAGUCGCUCUUUUUGAUCCUCCAUGAUUUUGAGGAUCGAUAGUCGAGCUUUCGACUUAAAACAAGCGCACUUGGGAGGCAUUCCCAAGAGGUACUUGGGAGCAUUGCGGAAGCAUUUUGGUACAAAAGAUGGAAAAGUCGACGGAAAAGAGGCGAAAGCUCAUUUGCAAGUCUGAAAAUCCGACCCCGCUGCACUAAUUGGCAAAUUGGAACCAGCUAUAAGCCUCAAAUGAAUUUGUGUUCUUCAUGAAAGUUGAAGUAGACGUCCCAAGCUUUCCAACGGUUCAAGAAUCGACUCAAUCGGACAUUUCUACGCAAAGUUAUGAAGUUUUGCAGAUCGGAGCUGAAACCGUAAUGCCAAGCUCGAAUCGAGCUCACCAAGGCCAAGAGGGAGCUCGAUUCGAGCUCACCACUCUGAGUUCCAGAAAUUCAAGCUCGAAUCGAGCUUGAGGAGCAAAAAAUCAAGCUCGAUUCGAGCUUAGGCUUGUGUAAAGGGGGAAAUUUGAUUUCAAAUGCUUCAAGGCUUGAUUCUCUUUGCUUCUUUGGGCCAAACACUCCUUGAGUGAAUGUUUUUCUUUCCUCUUUUGUAAACAUAUAAAAACCCUUUUAUCUCUAUUUUAGGUUAUGUGAUGAUUUGGUAGAGAAUUGUUAGACAUCUCAUUAUUGUAGUAACACUUUCUCUCUAGCUUUAAAUCAUUGUUCUUAUUGUUCUUA